CGAAGUUUUGGUUCGUAUAUAAGGAACUCUCUGGAGUGCUAUUAAAUCAUAAUCAACUGUUUAGCAGCUCAAGUAACUUCUUGUAGUGUCAGCAGAACCACCUCGUCAAAACAUUUCAAAAUGUUCGCCAAAUUGAUCAUUCUUGCGAUCGCCAUUGCCGCCGUUGCUGCGCGCCCUGGAUAUUCGGCCGUCACUUCCUACUCCUCCCCGGUGUUUAGUGCUGUUGCCCCAACAGUUGUUGCCACCCGUGCUGUUCCGUAUGCCGCUCCUUACUCAUACUCUGGUGUUGUUCCCACUGCCUACAGCGCACCAGUUGCUUCUUAUUCCUAUGGCGCUCCAGUAGCUUCCUAUGCUGCCGGAGCUCCAGUUGUCUACUCUGCCGGUGGCCCAGUUGGUUACUCAUCCUUCGGAGUAUCCCCCUACACUUAUUACUAAACUAGGACGCACUCAUGUCUAGCGUUGGUCUGGCUUCCAACUAUUUGUACCGAUGUUAAUAUCAUGAAGCAGUGUUCUUAGCUCUGAGCAAAGUGCAAAAUUACAAACAAACUCAUUAAAAUACUAGUAGAAACCACAAAA